CCCGACGCUCGCCUUCUGCUUCCCCCUCUUCCCCGGCGACUCUGCUCCCCUUCGUCUAGGGUUUUACCCGCCGGCGAUCUCCCUCCUCUCCGGCACCCGGUGCCAAAUGACCGAGGUGGAGGAAGUCGGCAGCAGGAUGGAAGCGCAGCUGCGCCUCCACGCGGGGCCGGAGGAGACCGGCGAUCUCCCGCUCCCCGCCCUCUUCGACAGGGCGUCCCACCUCCACGCGCUCGCCUCCAGCUCCUCCCUCGACCAGGAAGGGAUCCGCAGGGGGGUCGACCUGCUGCGGCGCUGCGACGGCAUGGUCAGCAACCUCGGCCUCUUCUCCUCCAACGAGACCAAGGACGACGUCUCCACCGCCAACCUCAAGUACCUGCUCGUGCCGUACUACCUCGGUGAAAUGACCGAGCAGGUGGAGCAGGAGGACCGGAUCCCAGUUCUCAAGGCGUCACAGGACCAUUUGAAGGAGUUCAUUUCUACAUGUGAAGCGCUGGAGCUUGUCCCAGAGAACGAGCUCGAGUUAUCUCGGCAGGGGCGGCCUGAAACCGCGGCAAACCGAAGAGAACAAAAGGUUGCCCGGUUCAGGCGGCAGAAGGCUGCAGAAACAAAGCUCCAAGAGAUCAGAGAGAGGAAGGAAAGGCGCGGGCGAUCGUUGAGAGCCGCAGCUUUAUCGGCUCCGAUUGAAGCCGGCGAGGAAGAUGACUUUGAGGAUGGUGGAGAGGAAGAAAGAGAGGCUUGGUUAGCUACGAUCUCACUGGCUCUGUGCAAGGCUUUUGAUCUUGUUGACAUGUUAAAGAAGGAAGAAGAAAUGCUUCUGGCUGUAAAAGAAAGAAAAGAAAAGGAUGGUGGUGCAUUUGCUCGUGAAAUGCUCGACGAGCGUACACAAAAGGCUGAGGCAUGGCACCAUAAUGCUGCCAGCCGAGCACCAUAUUCCAAGCCAGCUAAUCCAAUUACUUGUGCCACUUUUGCUCAAGACGUCAUUGAAGGUAGAGCAAGCGUUUCACAAGCUCAUGACCACAAACAUCAACCCAUGAUAUUUGGACCUGCAAGUCUUGUUGGCGGGGGACUAACUAGUGAAAGGGAAAGAAUGGCGGCACAAGUUUUUCAGCCUAGUUACAGGAUGCCGACAAUGAGCAUAGAAGAAGCCGGAUUAACUGAAAUGAAAAUUAUGGAGGAAUGGCAAGAAAGCACCGCCAAAAUAAUUAAAGAGGCCACCUCCUCUUGGCACAAAGAUGAUACUAGUCGUGCCGAAGAUGACGAGGACGCCGAAGAGGAGAAAGCAAGGGCAUGGGAUGACUGGAAGGAUGAGAACCCUCGCGGUGCAGGCAACAAGAAGCUCACCCCAUGCGGCUAAAUCGUGGGCUACUGACACUAGUGAAAAAAUACCACAUGAUACUAAUGUCCAUGUUUCUGAGUGAUGUUCAGAUAACAUUUCUUUUAUUUUCCCUCUUAUGUUUGCUGGGUGAUGUUCUUCAGAGUACAUUAUACAAAAUGAUGUUGCUAGUGCAUGAGUUCAUCCUCAUCCACACACUUGUUGAGGUAGCAUGCAUAGUCAUGAAUCCACCUGUUUUGAUCGUC